AUGAUGACCCUUCGACGCGCCUGCAGAUGGGCGCUGCCCUUUUCGCCACUCGCUCUUCUCGCAUUCCUUCCUUCCGUGUGUGACUCUUCCGCCGUUGAGACUCGUGCCACCGACCUGGCACCCAUCGUCUUCACUCCGGAUCAGAACUGGGACGGCAUUGAUGGACAGUGGUCCUCUUUCACUUUGCGCGUCGGCACUCCCCAACAGUACGUGCGCGUCUUUCCGGCGACAUCCAGCCAGCAGAUAUGGGUCGUCAAACCCGAAGGCUGUGCCUACACCGACGACACCAGUUGCGCAUCCGAUCGCGGAUGGGUUUUCAACAUCUCGGAUUCCUCCACUUGGGAAAGUAUAGGGAACUACUCGACUUGGAUAGAGCGGAAUUUGGGAUACGAUGCCGCUGCCAUGUAUGGUUAUGAGGUUGUGGGUUUAAUGGGGCAGGGUGAGAACGGGCCCACGCUGGACAAUGCUACCGUUGGUGCCAUGAUGGACCUGGAUUUUUUCCUUGGUGUAUUUGGUCUACACCCCAAGCCGACGAAUUUCAGCUCCUUCAACAAUCCGUCGCCAAGCUACAUGACACUGCUCAAGGAACAAGAGCUCAUUCCCUCGCUGUCGUACGGGUACACUGCAGGGAAUCCAUACAGGUUGAACAAGGUCCUGGGAAGCCUUACCCUGGGAGGCUACGACGCAUCCCGGUUCACUCCGAACAACAUGAGCUUUACUUUCGCACCGGACAAUGAGCGGGAUGUUGUGGUUGGCCUGCAAGCAAUCAGCAUGACCUCUGCAACCCAGUCCAAUGUCGAUCUCCUGCCAACUUCUGUCACCAUGUACAUUGACUCGACAGUGCCGCAGAUUUGGUUGCCUGUUGAUGCUUGUAAACGUUUUGAGGAGGCUUUCGGAUUGACGUAUGACAACGAUACCGAGCUCUACCUUGUGAACGACACUUUGCACGACACCUUAGUAGCCGAGAACGCCAACGUGACAUUCACACUUGGGCAGACGACAAACGGUGGCGAAACGAUUGACAUUGUCCUUCCGUAUGCCGCUUUCGACCUCACGGCCCAGCCGCCCUACCGCGGCUUAUCUGAAAGCACCUCGUAUUUUCCUAUCCGGCGGGGUUACAACGAUAGUCAGUAUGUCUUUGGCCGCACCUUUCUCCAGGAGGCAUAUAUCGUUGUGGACCACGAGCGCUCCAACUUUUCCGUCUCUCAAUGCGUCUUCGGACUUGAUAUUCCUCAAAACAUUACCACAAUCUACUCCCCGAACGGCACGUCCAUUUACGAGGAGGAAGACACGCAAGGCGCGCUUUCGACGGGGGCAAUCGCAGGUAUCGCGGUGGGUGGGGUGGUCGCAAUCCUUGCAGUGCUGUCUCUGAUCGGCCUGUUCUACUGGAGAAGACGCUACCGAGCGUUGAAGGCUAAGCUCGGAUCGGACAAAUCAGGGCCAGUGAGCAGCGGCGAUGGCUCGAGCGAGGCCCAGGCAGCAGCGAGCCGAGGCGAGGAAUCCACAUUGGUGAUACCAAAGGCGGAGCUAGACGCCACCCCCAGCGCCAGGGCAGAAAAAGACCAGAAGCAGGAGCAGCUGUAUCCGUCCGAGGUCGAGGCGCACGAGCAGCAGAUUUUCGAAAUGCCGGGCGACUAUCCCAAGGCCUCAGAGGCAGACUCGCGGCAGCUGUCCGAGAAGCAGGCGAUGAUGUACAGAGAGCAGAAGUAUAACGGGACGGAUCCAGAGCCGUCGCCGACAACACCCACAGCGCCCGAUCGGCCACGGCCGUCGCCGGUCAGGCCCGAGGAGGUAAAGCGGGUCAUUCACACAGGAGACCUUCCGGUGUCGCCUCUCACGGCGGAGGGUGAGCACGGCAGAACAUUUUCCCCGCUCUCGCCACUGGGUGGUGGAUCGUCGAGCGGCGGGCCAAGCCCGUCUCGACGGCGAUUCUCGUUCGAAGAGUAG